AUGUCAUCUGAAGCUGAAAAACGAAAGAAACGAGCUGCGUAAGUUGCUUUUCAAUGGUAGAAAAUUUAAUGAUUGUUAUUUUUCAGACUUGAGAGAGCAAGACUGCGGAGAAAAGAUGAUACAAUUCAAAAAGCUCUGGAAAUGCUGAAACCUAGAAAAGGGAAACAUCCAGAACCGACAUAUUUAUCAAGAGAGGAAAUUAUACAGUAAGUAACUUUUUUAAACUCAAAAAAACGGUGAUUAUGUAUUCAGACGGUUCUGCAAGCAAUACAUCAAGGAUUUCCCCGCUGUUCUGGAAAAUACCAAAAAGGAUAAUAAUCUGCGAAUGCGUCGAUCAAUCAAAUUGGAUGGUCUUGUUUUCUCAAGAUUCGUCGCUGGACGUUUCAAAAAUGAUUCAGAAAUUGAAGAAGUGAAAGAUAUCUACAACACGGGAUCAGACAAAAGUGAAUCUGACGGUGAGACCAUCGACAUUGAUAGCAGUGAGUUUUAAAAUUCUACUGUUCCUAUUUGAAAUUUCGAUUUUCAACAGAAGAAGAAGCUGUCUGCUCAACUCAUGUUGCUGAACCGAUUCAUCGCAAAAAUCGGAAGAUUGCUCCAUCUAAAAUUCUAAAUGGAGAAUCUUCGAGCUCUUCAUCUUCCUCUGGUGUUGAAUUGCCUUCUGUUGAUACUUUUUCAAGUGGAAUGUGGUGGACACCGAGUUCGAAAACUUGGACAAUUGAACAAAUGUGAAUGUUUUCAUAAAUUUGUUUUGUUAACAAAAGAUACUAGUUGUUUUGGGGUUUCAGAAAAAUGGAUAUUGACAUUAUGGGGAAAUUUCAGAGAAUGAAACUUGUGAGUUACUAGAUCUUUCAGGUUUGCUGAUAUUGUAAUCUUGAAAAAUUAUUAUUCUUAACUAGAUUCCACUGUGAGCUUCUACCAAAUCAGAUUUUUCAUAUCAUUUGUGCUGUUAUUUUCUUCAAACUGAGCACUUUCAACUUUCGUUUUCUAGUUUUCGCCACGUCAUAACUCAUGUUGAAACAAAAGAUAGUUGGAUGGUCAAAUUGGAUGGCUGCAUUUAAUUUUCCUGUGGAAUCGUGAUCAGAAAGUUGAAAACUUCCAGAGAACAUAUUUGAUAUGCAGAAGUAAGAAAGAGAUAGGGUAAAUAUUCCUGGAAAAAAUGCCACAUGCCAAGCAAGCUCACCUGCUCCAGUACAGGAAAAAGGCGUCCGGCAUCUAGCCAUUUCGACAUUUGAGCUACCCUCUUUUUCUGGUUCCCAAUUUGAGAAUCUCAAAUCUCAAAUUUUCUCGCAACUAUGUACAGUAAUCCUUCUUGCUAUUCCCCUUCCUUUUCUAUACAUCUGUUCUUGUUUUUCACAAUUUUCCAUGAUUUUUUUCUCUGUCCAUCUAGGAGCUACAUAUUUUUGAACCAACAUCUGUUUUCCUAUUUCAUUCAAUCUCCAGAACUCAAUCCAUUCUCACCGUAUUCUUUUUUCUCUCGAAAAACUUCUGGACCACCUACGAAUUUCUGUCGGCUCAUCAAAGGAAUCGAACUUUUUCGAGUUAAUCAUUUGUGAAUAGAAGCUACUGUUCUAUUCAAUACUCCCGCUUUGUCGGUUUAUUUUUCAAGAACUUCAUUAUUUUUUUUUUGUUUUUUUUUGUCAUUUCAUUUCAGUUUCUAUUUUAUCUUGUGUUUCUAGAAGUCGCUCAAAAAUGCCUAAGAAAGUGCAAAAAGUGGAUUCUACAGAUAGGAAGAGGAGAAACCAGUAAGUUUCCAAUUAACUUUUUCCCGAAUUAAAUUAUUUUCAGAACUGAACGGGAUCGAGUAAACCGUCUCGACGAUGAGUUUCAACACAGUCUUGCUUUGCUGAAACCUGUCAAACGUUCUCAAAAUGUUUCGAGAGCGGAGAUUCUGGAAAAAUUGAUCGAUCAAUAUGUUGAAGAUUUUCCUGAUGUUAAGAAGAAUACCGAGGUUGAUAAUGGAUUUCGAAUGAGAAGAACUUUGCCAACAGAUGAGAAAUUAGUGGUUGUUAAAGGGAGAGUUGGAGACUAUGGAAGACGAGAAACCGUGUACCAGCGGACAUUUUGA